GCCCGUUGAGACGAUAGUGUGUUUUUCCGAUUCAGGAAGCUUUUACCGGGUGAUGUAGCAAUAUAAUUGCAACACACAAUGUACGGGCACCCAUGUUACAUUUCCUACCUACUUUCUGCGCCUGCUCUGUAACGCAACCGAAGCUUAUAUAGAUAGCUCAUCAGCGUUAGCUAGUCUUGAAAAGUGUCUGUAUAGUGCGAGGUGUAACGGCGUUAGCGUACAAUAGCAUACCAUCUGGUGAAUUAGCCAGUAACAUACGGAGCUAAAAAAAUGAUAUGAAAGUGUGGAUGUGGUAGUUAUAUUAUGUGCCUUAGUUGACCAGGGCUGGAGUGGCGGUUUUUAUUUUGAAAAAGAAAGAAAGAAAGAAAUGCCCAACUGUGGUAUAGCGCGUUUAUGUUAGCCUCCUAACGCUAGCUAACUAGCCGUCUGGCUACAGGAAUUCAUGACCGGCGAGUCAGCGGACUGACAGAGAACAGCCAAGAUUUGUGUUAACUUGACGCAAUGGACAGCGACUCUCAAGCCGCCUCUGAACGAAUUCUGCUGGAACCAUACAAGUACCUGUUGCAGCUGCCUGGAAAGCAAGUGAGGACAAAACUAUCCCAGGCAUUUAACCACUGGCUUAAUGUUCCAGAGGACAAACUGCAGGUGAUUAUUGAGGUGACUGAGAUGCUGCACAACGCCAGUUUGCUCAUAGACGACAUUGAGGACAGUUCUAAGCUGCGCCGAGGCUUCCCUGUGGCCCACAGCAUCUAUGGCAUCCCCUCUGUCAUCAACUCGGCCAACUACGUCUACUUCUUGGGCUUGGAGAAGGUGCUGACCCUGGAGCACCCCGAGGCUGUCCGAGUUUUUACCCGACAGCUUCUGGAGCUGCACCGUGGUCAGGGCCUGGACAUCCACUGGAGGGACACCUACACCUGUCCCACUGAGCAGGAGUACCGCAACAUGGUGUUGCAGAAAACCGGAGGGCUCUUUGGCCUGGCUGUGGGCCUGAUGCAGCUCUUCUCAGAUUGGAAACAGGACCUGAAACCCCUCCUGGACACACUGGGCCUCUUCUUCCAGAUCCGCGAUGACUACUGCAACCUGAGCUCUCACGAGUACAGCGAGAACAAGAGCUUCUGUGAGGACCUGACCGAGGGCAAGUUCUCUUUCCCCACCAUUCAUGCCAUAUGGUCACGUCCAGAGAGCACCCAGGUGCAGAACAUCCUGAGGCAACGCACAGAGAACAUGGACAUCAAACGGUACUGUGUGGACUACCUGGAGAAGGUUGGUUCGUUUGCUUACACCCGUCAGACUCUGCGGGACCUGGAGGUGGAGGCCUACCGCCUCAUCAGGGAGUUAGGGGGGAACCCUCAGCUGGAGAGCCUUGUUAAACAACUCAGCCAAAUGUAUCGUGAGGCCGAAGCCACAGCGGAGUCCAGCACUGAGCCCCACUCGAGCCACAACCACUGACCUCAUCCACCUUUCACUGCUACGAGACAUACUAGCCCCUGCACACUCCACUAACACAGAGGUAUUGCAAAUGCAUGUAUGCAAACAUAUUCCUGAAAAGCUCAACACACACGUGUGUAUGUUACCGUCACAAACUAUUGACCCGCAAUGAAUCAUUAAACUUGAGCACUUGUGGUAGACAUCAAAGCAGCUCCGAAUGUUACCUCAUUCUUUUGUGUGCUAGAUGGCGCCCUUCAAGUGUUGCUUAACAAAGUACACAUCAGCAAUUUUUGUAUCUGACUGUAGCUGUGCUGUCAGUGGAAGAAAUCAAUUCCAAUAAUAAAUAGUUUCUUUUAGGUUUGCUUUUCUGAGAGUGAAAAAUUACAAGAUGGCAACAAAACUUAAAAGCCUUCCUUUUGAUUUACAGUGCAUAUAAAUGUAAUUUUUCUGUGUUUUGUCACCAUAUGAAAAUUGUUUAUCUUGGGCCGAUUGAACGCUGGGGGUUUUUCUGAAGUUCCCAUUUAAAAUAAAAUGUGGAUGUCUCAAGUGUGUAAUGUGUGAUUUGGGGAUCCUCUAUCAGUAAGCCACCAGAGUGCCAAUCCUGUAGAAAAGACCUCUGCAACUCAAUUGUCUGCUUGUUACAUAACAUGCUGGCAUUAUAUGCAAAGCAGCUCUCCUGCUGUUUAUGCUCAGCUCUGUAUGAAUGCUGUUGAUGCUUUGGUGUACUGCAGACUGUGUUUCCAUCUGGUGUGAACACAGCUCUUCACAUCUCUAAUAUUUUAUUACUGAUUCCAUUCUGAUAUAAGCAUAUACUGUGCUGCAGAUGACGAUAUUUUCUAUUGAAUUAAAAAAAAGAAAGCUUUGAAAGAUGA